AUGGCCGUGGGCGUCGGCGCGCAGUCGGCAGUCGCCGCCGAGGCCGGGGACAUCGAGUGCGGCGAGCGGCGGCGCGCGGACGAGUUCGUGGACGACAACGACGGCGAGGACAGCCAGUACUUCACGGACGCAGAGGACCGGUCGUGGCCCUCGCACUCGCGCCACGAGUCCGCCGCCGCCUACGAGGACUGCAUCUCGCGGUGCGCGUCCGCCCGCACGAGCUCCUUCGGUGGCGGCGACAGCGACGGGGACAUCGAGGCCGGCGGCGGCGAGCACUUGAGGAAGUCGUCGUGCGUGUCCGAGUGCUCGCUGGACGACGUCGACCUGGAGGCCGGGCUGGCCGAGGUCAUCAAGGGCAGCCCCGACAAGGCCGAGAGGAACUGCCGCAUUUGCCACCUGGGCCUCGAGAGCGCGGCGGCCGACUCCGGCGCCGCCAUCACGCUCGGCUGCUCCUGCAAGGGCGACCUGUCCUACUCCCACAAGCAGUGCGCCGAGACCUGGUUCAAGAUCAGAGGCAAUAAGACCUGUGAGAUCUGCAGCUCAACCGCAUGCAAUGUGGUAGGUUUUGGCGAUGCGGAGGUCACUGAACAAUGGACCGAGUCAAGCACAGCAGCUGUGCAAUCGCUACCAACCGAAAACCAGAGGUUUUGGCAAGGGCAUCGGUUCCUCAACUUCCUUCUUGCUUGCAUGGUUUUCGCCUUCGUCAUCUCGUGGCUCUUCCACUUCAAUGUCCCGGGAUGAGUUUUGUGCUCCAGGGGGACCUCAAUAAAAGCCCCAGCACCAUUAACUGCAGACAUGAAUGUGUGUUAGAUUCGGCAAAUCUGAAGAACAGGCUAAGGUGAAGUUAAGUUAUGAAGAGGUACACAAAUGUAUGGUGGGGGCAUGAUGGCCCUGAAUUUGGCUGUGGUGUGGAAGGAUCUGAAUUCGGUACGACGAAAGGAAGCCUGAUGAGGAUUUCAAGAUUUGGGUGGAGAUAAGAGCGAAGAGUAGAAGAUGUGUUGUUCCGGGGGUCUGAAGAACGGGAUUUGUGUUAGUGUUAGUCGUUUCCUAGCUUUGCCUUGUUUGUCUGCUGCUUUGGUGUGAUCAUGUGCAGAUUUUCCUUUGUGUCUACCUUUGUUCGGAUGUUUAUGAUCCUGAUAAACAGGCCGGAUGAUGCGGUGACUGUCCUUAGCAAGAGAAGUUUGCUGCCAG